AAUGUUUGGUUUAAGCCCUCCUCUAUUACAAAAUUAUAAAAAUCUAAACACAGACGCCACUAAUUAUAGUUCGAGUCUGUUUUUAGAGUCAUGACAACAUGGCAUAACCAUGCGCUUCUGUCUUGUUAUUUAGACCAAUGUGUUACCUUACCCUUUUCUUAGCAACAUGUUCCCUUACCUUUGUAUAUUAUUGUCGCCCAGUUUUAUAAUGGGCUUUCUCGGGCCCAUUAACAAUGAAUGAUUCAACAAUCCGUACGAGUCAAAGUGUCAGACAGUUGGAUUGGCUUUUGAAUCGUUUCUCUCUCUCUCUCUCUCUUUCCCUACCCUCAGGCAGUUGAGCGGACUUUAGAGAGAACUCGCAGCAGCCACACAGCAAGAGGAAGAGGAAGCUUCUUCUACUGUAACGAACAGAUCCCGUUUGAAAAAGCUGAAGGAAAAUGGCGCUCAAUGGCGUUUUUGAUUUGCUCCAAGAGAAUGUGAAGAAGCCUCGCUUCUGCAAGUCUCUGCCUUUAGGAGAAAACUGGAAGUCUAAAUCAAUGAGGAUCAUACCUGAAGAGUUCGUGAGAAGCGCUCAUGGUGCAUUUGAGCACAGGCUGGUGUUCAGUGUUUCUUGGGGCAAUUCGUGGCAAGUCUGGCUCCACAGAGACAAGAAUGGUCUGUUCAUGGAAGAAGAGGACUGGAACGAGUUUGUGGAUGACAACUUGUUAUGCCCUGACGAUAUCUUGCUCUUCACACAUGAGGACACAACGUUUACUGAAGUGAGAAUCUACAAAAAAGAUUAUCGCUUCUUCAAACAGGUCAUCACAGCACCUCUUCCACCUCAAGUGCUUAACCCUAAGCCAAAAGCCCCUUCCUCUGCCCCUCCUGGCUUUGCUCGCUUUGCUUCUGCCUCUGCCUCGGCAAGUAGAGCGAGACAGAGCUCUUCCCCUGUCCAAAACCCUGAGCAGUACCUCGUAAACCCCCAAAACCCCUACUUUGUCAAGACGCUGUCCAAAAAGAUCGAUGUUCUGUAUGUGAACCAAGAGGUGAUUCAGAGGUAUGGCUUGAAGUUUGGUCCCCAUCUGUCCCUCGUUCGUUAUCUUCUUCCCGGAGAAAAACACGAGGCUGUGAUUAAGAUCUACCGCAACGCUCCUUGUUUCAAUCGCUGGGCAGCUAUAUGUAAGAAGUACAACAAGAAAGAAGGAGACAGUGUUGUUUGUGAGCUAGAACGCUCAAGUGGUGUGGUUACUGCUGUUAGAGUGCACUUCGUUGAUGAAUGAAGAGACCAAGAAGACCUCUCUUGUCUCCUUCCUAUGACUUAAGCUCCCAAUAAGUGUUUACCAAACUUACUAUUUGUAUUGCAACAAUUAAGUAAUUGUCUGUGUGGUACUAAUCUAAUUUAGAGCUUUCUUGU